AUGGGAGGGGAUCCGAUGAAGUUCCCGGGUCUGAACGGCGAUGAGAACAAGAACAGCCUGCUUCAAACGGCGCCGGUGGGGAAUGUGGCUCCGGGUGCGGAUGACCCGCAUAAGAAGAUCAGAAAGCCGUACACUAUUACCAAGUCAAGAGAGAGCUGGAGCGAGCAGGAGCACGACAAGUUCGUGGAGGCGCUUCAUCUAUUUGACCGUGAUUGGAAGAAGAUUGAAGCAUUUGUCGGGUCAAAGACUGUUAUCCAGAUUCGGAGUCAUGCUCAGAAAUAUUUUCUAAAAGUCCAGAAGAAUGGAACAAGCGAACAUGUACCUCCCCCACGGCCAAAGAGAAAAGCAGCUCAUCCUUAUCCACAGAAAGCCCCAAAAAACGAUGCGUCUCAAGCCAUCGGUCCUCAGCAAUCUUCAGCUGCUUUAGUAGAGCGUGGAUACAGUGUGGGGUCUGAUUCUUUGUCAAUAUCCGAAAAUCCAAUGAGCACUCAACCUUUGUCUUCUUGGAAUUACAGUGUUUUGCCAGCAGGAUUUUUGUCGCGUACAUUUAAAGAUGAUAUUGGAUUAGUUAGUGGCACCAAUAAUUAUAGCAGCAGCAACAGCGAGAGCAAUCCCUGUGUGGGUAGAACUGGUGUAAUGCGUCGUUCAGUGAAAACUAGCAACAAUACCACAAGAGUUAUGCCAGAUUUUGCUCAGGUUUAUAGAUUCAUUGGAAGCGUUUUUGACCCUUGUGCAAGUGAUCAUCUGGAAAGACUUAAAACAAUGGACCCUUUAGAUGUAGAGACGGCUGUGAUGUUAAUGAAGAAUCUCUCUGUCAAUUUGGUCAGCCCUGUAUUUGAGGACAAUAGGAGACUGCUAUCGUCGUAG